UCAUUAAAAUAUCCAUUGGAGUAGGUAAAAUAACUCGUGAUUUUAGGAAAAGUCAGGAUUUGAAGCGUGGAAAAGGGAAAGUCCUCCCUUUGGCAAACUGAACUCAGAAUUUGGCAAAAUAUGCGUGGAAAAUAUCUCGAGAUUUCCCAAUCCAAAAUCUGGAGUUGAAAUUUUAUGAAAAUAGACGGAAUUGUGAAAUUCUCGACGAAGCCGGAAUUGAGAUUUUCAGCGCACCCAAAUCUCCUCAAUAAAGAGUAGGCCUCAUCUACGUCUUUUACAAGGAGAGACAAAAACAGAGAAAGAAGAUGGGCAAAUCUAACUUUAGUUUUCCAUUUGUUUCGUUGCCAUUUGAUUUUAUGUCUCUUAACUCAUCUUUUUGAUAUGAUUGAAGCAAGCCUCAUCACUCCAGUUUUGUUCCUCUCUUCCUUUCAAUCUAACAAGCGUAUUUUGACUCUCCAAAUCAAGCAUACCUUAUCUCUGGUAUUCUUCCUCUCUACCCUUCAAUUUGACAAGAGUAUUGGCUCUUCUUAUCAAGGUGAUGAUGUAGAUAACUUUUUAACACACUUAAGUCGCAAGCGUGCUAGAGAUGAAGAAGAAAACAAGAGGAGAAUGGCAAUUAUUCUUGGUAUCAUUACAUCUAUGAUUGCUAUUGUUGUCGCACGGUAUAAUGAAAAUUAUUUGGUUAAAGAGUCUUCACGUGAUUGGGAUGAAGAAAGGCAAUGUCGCUUGAACCGUUUAUAUAAUGGGAAGGAGGUUGAUUGUAUUGAACAAUUACGAGUCAGCAAGAAUGCAUUUAAGAGUUUAUGUACGAUUUUGCAUGAAAUAGGUGGAAUGGCUCAGAUAAGAAAUGUUUCUAUUGAAGAAUCCGUUGCUAUAUUCCUAAAUAUACUUUCUCACAACUUGAAGUUUAGGGUCAUUGGUUUUGACUAUUAUCAUUCUAAGGAAACAAUUAGUCGCCAAUUUAAUGGUGUGUUGCGUGCAAUGAUGAAAAUAAGUCAAGAAUAUUUGGAACUUCAGCCAUGUACUAUUGGUGGUUCAGAAAGAGACAAGAAAAUAUUUGAGUUAUAAUCAUUUCAAAUAAAUAAGACGAUGGAAAAAACUAACCAACUAAAGUAGAGGAAAAGAAAAGACAAGUAAGGUAAUGAAAAUGAAGAAGAUGACAAAGCUUACUUCCGUUGGAAUAUACAAAUGGAGCGUUCGUUAGCUGAUACACUUUUAGAAGAGCACUAGAUCAAUCACAAAAGAGAUGGUGGUUGGAAAGCAGUUGCUUACAACAUCGCUGCCGCCACAUUGUCUUCACAAUUGAAUAUUGAAGUAAAUGCUCAUAACAUACCAAAUCAUGUUAAGACGUGGAAAAUGUAUUAUGGCAUAGCUAGGGAUAUAUUACGUCAUAGUGGAUUCAGUUGGAAUGUAACAAAAAUGAUGAUCAAUGUAAAUGAAGAAAAUGUCUGGGAUGAGUAUGUGAAGGUAAUUUAAUAUGCAAUUAUAUAUUCUCAUGAAUAUGCUAGACCUUUUAUGUGGAAGGUGAUUGCUGACUAGGAUGAUAUAGUGGAUUUAUGUGGCAAAGAUAGAGCUACUGGAGAGGGUGCUGAAACAUGUUUAGAAGCUAUUGAGGUUAUGACCCAUGAGACUGAACUCAAUAAUACUGUUGAUUUGGAAGGUGAUA